AUGCCCUUGACCUGGUCCCUCUGGAACGUGGAGUACAAAGGUAAAAGAGUCGGGAUCAGACGAGACGGUACCGUGCACCUCAACCGUGCCAGUGUUCCCCCUGAAUGCGCGCCAACACAUCCGGAUUUCCCGUCGCCAUUUUCGUUGAAAGAUGAUGAUACCGCUAUCGAGGACUGGAACCGUAUCGGGGCCUCCACCGGUGCGUUCAAGCAUGUCGAGGGCUGGGAACCCAUCGUGCGACAGGUCAUCAAGUCCACGCCCAACCGUGAGACUACUGACUAG